UCAAAAAUGAGAAUGCGUGAUCCUUUGAUGGGCUGGCUGUCCAAUUCCUUUUUCUUUUUGGUCAAAGAAAGGUCAUGACACGGGGCCUCGCGAGCAAGAACAUGUCAACAAGACGACAACAAAAAAAAAAAGAAAUAUAUAUUUCGUAAUCUAGGGAGUAGAGAGGAUGGCUCCUGAAACCUAAUUGUUUGGAACCCUGUAAUCAAUUCUGUUAAUUGAAUUCGAUUUUAAGAAAAUUACUACUUUGAGGAUGAGAAAUUCUUAAAUUAGCUGGAACCCUUUCAAUUAGGAAUUGGUCCCAAACGGCGUGUAAGCAAAGCUUACAUAUAAUUAUAGGAAGGAUCUUCAGCCUGUAACUGGAGAAAUAGUCAAUGGAUUUGAGUCCAACAAAACUUGAUUACUAUCAUGACAUGUGGAAACUCCAAUCCAAAGCCACACUUUUAUCUUUCUUCAAGGGAGAAGAUGGCAGAAAUGCUUUGAUUUUAGACUCAACAAUCUUUCAUCCUCAAGGUGGAGGCCAACCAGCUGACACUGGAGUCAUCACCAUUGCUGCUGAUUCCAGUUUCAAGUUUAUCGUCCAAGAUGUUCGAUCCAAGGAUGGAAUUGUCUACCAUUAUGGGGUUAUUGAGGAGGGUUCUGGUAAGGAUUUUGAAAUGGAAAUUGUAAGAGGGGGAGAAGUUUUUUUGUUUGUUGAUGAGGCGAGGCGAAAGCUGAAUUCAAGGCUGCACUCAGCUGGGCAUUUGAUGGAUGCGUGCCUGGAAGAAGUGGGAUUGGGGCAUAUGGAGCCAGGAAAGGGAUACCAUUUUCCUGAUGGGCCAUUUGUUGAAUACAAAGGAACAAUUCCUCAAAAUGAAUUGCAGAGCAAGCAACAUGAAUUAGAACUAGCAGCAAAUGCUUUAAUAUCCAGGGGAGGCAAGGUUUCUGCUGCUGUAUUGCCAUACGAAGAAGCUGCUGAAUUAUGUGGUGGUUUUCUUCCUGAUUACAUACCAAAGGACAGCACUCCUCGUGUUGUGAGGUUAGGGAACAGCGCCGUGUGUUGUGGUGGCACGCAUGUUUCUGAUAUUUCAGAGAUUAUAAGUUUGCAGGUUUCUCAGAUUCGCAAGAAGAAGGGAAUGACAAAGGUUUCUUACACUGUUGGAUCCUAGCACUCUUUAGCAAUUGAUUGUGUAAAUCAUGUGAGCAUAAACUACUUCUGUAUGCUGAAAGUAUGCAUGAUAUGCAGCUUUGUUAUGCUCGCAUGGUUUAGCUGAUUUAAGCAGUUAUGCUAUGAAGGUCUUUCGAGGACUUUCUUUGGUAUACUCUCAAGAAUGAUUUUUCUUUUUCUAUUUAUUUUAAAUUUGCUUAUUUUAUUUUCCCAUCAUUGAUGAGACUUAUUUCAUCUCUUUAGACAUUGGAACAGAUGCUUGUAAUGUCUGCGAAUCAUUUAGGAGUGUUUGAUUCCCUGGAUUUACUUUUCA